GACGUCAUGAAAACAAUAACGCGCUCAGCUUUCUGAAACAUCAGUGGAAAGGUCUCAUUAUGUCUUAUUUAAAAUAAUAGAUAAGCAAACGAUAUUUUUUGCAACAAGCAAGCAAGCUGGAUAUAUUUGCACAGCAUCCAGCCAAAGGACGUUAUUUAAUUAGAUUUGUGUAGUGAUGGCAGCUUCCUUACCUCAGAAGCCGGGGAUGGCAGGGAUGCCUCCUCAGCAGCAGCCCCACCUGCCCCCCAGUGCUGCCUCAGCCCAAGGUCAGCAGCCCAUACCCCCUCAGGGAGCCCUGAGAGAGAUCUCCCCAGUGUUUCUCUGUCGGAUUGGACAGGAGACCGUCCAGGACAUUGUUACUCGCACCAUGGAGAUCUUCCAGAUCACACGAGCCACGCAACUUCCUAAUGGUGUGACUCAGAGCCAGGCGAUGUACCAGGACCGCUUUGGGAAGCUCCAGGAACACCUACGGCAGCUCGCCCUGCUCUUCCGAAAGCUUCGGCUCCUCUACGAACGCUGUGUGGAGAUGACCACUGACCUGCAGGAGGGGCCAGCAGAGCUUGUGCCGUAUGUUGGAGAGGAGGUGGUUUCUGUCAGAGUGGAGCCCUGCAGUUCUGCUGUCAACCAGGAGAGAAAAGAAGUUCUAGAGAAGGUGCGGCAGAAGAACCAGGAGAUGAAGGUUCUCAUGGACCAGAUGAGGAACCUGCUGUGGGACGUCAAUGCCAUGCUGACGCUCAGGAAAUGAUAAUUCUUCACUGGAUCCACUCUUUUCCACUUUUUUUUUUUGAGAGAGAGAGAGACGAAUCCCUCCACAGCUGUACAGACUGCGUUAAUGGCAAACACCAGGUGAAAUAAGGGAAUUUCUGUUGGAUUCUGGAUAUGGGACUUUCUACUUAGGUGCAACCUCCUCUGUGUUGGCACUUCAUCACUGAAACUGACACAUUACUCACAACUUCAUCCAGCAUCUUCUUUGGUUUAUUAUCUGUUCUAUUGAAGCUGUUGAGGGGAAAACUGUUAAUGAGAUAGAAUAAGGCUUAAAUGAAAAUUAUUAGCUUUUUUCAACCUGUAACACUCCAACCACAAGAAUUGUUCCCUUUUUUUUUGUACAGGGCAGCUGACAUCCUAUUUUGUGACUUCCAAGUGCUCUAUAACUGUUACUUUGUCACGCUGUGUUUAUUAAGUUAUGGACCUUUGUUUUCGUACUUUUUAAGUAAUGAGUUGAAACCUGUAUGGCCUCAGGUAAAAACAACAAAAAAAGUUUUCCUAAAACACUACAUUCAUGGUGUUUUGCUCCCAGGUGCUGACUCGACACCAGACAGACUUGAAUUCACUGCAGGUAAUUCUUGCAGAAAGCACAGAAGCUGAUCUGACAACUGUGUUUACAAUAGGAACAAUUGCCCUUAUUAUACUCUGCCGGUUGUAAAAACACUAUGGUUCAGAAUUCAAAUUAGCCCCUUGGCAGCUAUUGUAUCUCAGGUGCUUUGUACAUAAAUGUGUGUGUGUGUGUGCAUGUGCUUAAUGAGAUUAGCUUCUUGAGUGCUAGACAGCACACCUGUUUACCCUGAGGGUGUUGAGGCUUGCUUGCCUGUGAAUUUAUUUUUGUAAACUGUGGGACGAGAGGUAGGCCUACUGGGUCCAUUUUGUUUUGUAUAAAAUAAAUUUUUUUUUUUGAAACUACAUUUCUAAAUAUAUAUAUACUUUAAAGUCCUGCUUCUAAAUACAGGACUGGCAUACUUUGCUGGAUGUGCUUCAUUGUGGUAAUUCCAACCCUGAGGGCUGAUGUGGGAAUGCAUGUUCUCCUUCACAAUUGAGAUGAUUCAUAAGUAAAUCAAGGCGUAUCCACCGACACAUAAUGAUGCAUAUUCUGACCCUGACCCUUUGUAUUCAUCUUUCUUUACACACCAGCAGCUUAUCUAUGUAGUGCUCCUACACUACAACAAGGCAUCAAAGACCAAGAGAAUCCCAGAGUCACAAAAACACAGCUUAUAUGUAAUUGAGUGCUUUGGAUUGCUGUAAUUAUAUUUAGGAUAAUUCAUUCUGCCCAGAAAGGUUUCUCCAUUUAAAUUGCUCGGGGAAAAAAUAGGAUUUUAAAAGUGCAAGUAAGGGCACGGUACAUGCCGAAAAUGAUCAGUCUAGCCAACCGAUAGGAAAAUAUGCUUGUCUCAGCUGCAUGUGUUUACACAAUAUGAACUGGGAUCAUGUUAAUUGUUGAUGAGCUGUGAAAUAUGAAGCAGUAGUGCGCUUCGUUGAGAGUAAAUUUGGAUCUAUUAUU